GGGGAGGGGUCACGGGUCACGCUAUAACCCCCCCUCCCCCCACCUCUGGCGUGCGUUGGAGUUUUAAACAGCCGUAACAAGCUCUGUGGGGAGAGUUGUUUGCCGUCGGGAAAUUAUAUUUGAACCGAUUCAAAGUGAUUCCGCCGCCACAUCUGCGCAUAUGGGAGGCAAGAACAAGCAGCGGACAAAGGGGAACGUGCGGCCGUCGAGCAGCGCCCGCGCGGCCGAGUUGCUCGCCCGGGAUGUCGGCUCCGUGCCGGGAUUCCUCGGAUUCGGGGGCGCCACCAGCGAUAUUGUGUUCGGCGCUGCGACCUCUGACCUCCGCACCGGCGCAGUGACCUCGGAGCUGGGGUUCAUGCCGGCGGUGCAAGGAGCAGAGGACGUGGAGAAUGUCGUCGACCCAGACUUCCGCCUCGUGCUGCGCAAGCUCUCCAAGCGAGAUACGACCACCAAGCUCAAAGCCAUGCAGGAGUUUGGAGCAAUGUGCAAGGAGAAAGAUGUUGAUGUCGUUAAAGCCAUCCUGCCUUACUGGCCUCGCCUCUACAACAAAAUCUCCACGGACCUGGACCGGCGCGUGCGCGAGGCGGCCCAGGUGGCGAUGCAGCAGCUGGCGUCGCGCGUGCGCCGUGCCCUCGCUCCGCACCUCAAGGCCGUGAUGGGGACCUGGCUGGUGGCGCAGUGCGACGGCCAUGCCCCCGCCGCCUCCGCCGCCCGCGCUGCGUUUAGCGCCGCCUUCCCGCCUGCCAAGCAGCCUGAGGCUCUCGCCUUCUGCAAGGACGAGAUCCUGAGCCACCUCCAAGACAAUCUUUUCAAGCUAACUCCGGACACGUUAAGCGACCCACAGGUGAGCACGGACGAGAAGGAGGCGCGUCACAUCCGUGUGGUCACCUCCUCGCUGCUCGCUUUCAAGCGGCUGCUGUCGCUGCUGCCCCCCGGCGAGCGUGCCGCACUCUCGGACCGCCUGUCCGCCCUGCUCGCCCAGCCCAAGUUGUGGAAGUACAGCAAGCACAGCGCCCCACAGGUGCGAGCGGCGCUGUACGAGGCCCUGUCGGCGCUGUGCCGCGCGGAACCCGGGCUAGCGCGCGGGGAGGCGAGGCGGCUGUGCCCCACCGUGCUGCUUGCGCUGGACGAGGCAGACCCCGUGGCGUGUGCGCCGCUCUGGGAGGCCGCCCUGCUCGCCGCAUCCACCGUCGAGGACUGCUGGACGCACGUGAGCGCGCGCAAGGGCGCGCUGCCGCGCCUCUGGGCCGUGCUGCGCGAGGGCGGGCGAGGCCUCGCCGCCGUCGUACACCCGCACCUGCUGCCCCUGCUGGGCUUCAUGCCGCCCGCCGUCACGGGGCCCCGGGCCCUCUUCUACCCGGUGCUCUUCUGCAGCCUGCGCCAGGGCCUGGGCAGCGACACAGUGCAGAGCAGCCCCUCGGAGCGAGCCGCCAUCGUGAGGGCUUUCACCGAUUGCUUCCGCCUGGCGGUGCACGAGAGCGUGAGCGACGGAGAGAGCGGCGAGGAGGAGGGGGUGGCGGCGGAGGUGGCGGAGGUGGCGGAGGGAGAGGCAGGUGGAGGUGGUGGAGGUGGUGGAGGUGGUGGAGGUGCUGCCCUGCGCAAGGCCCUUCUGCACGAGCAGUUGCUACCCCUGGUGGAGUUGGCCAUUGUGGACCCAAAGCUGCAGCAGUCGCCAGUCUUCACGCAGCUCUCCGAGCUGCUGGCUCAUUGGGGGCGGCGAUCAGAGGACCCCGAUCUCCCGCCAAAUCAGAGGCAGGCUUACUGCGAGCUGCGAGCUGCAUUCUGGGAAAGCGUCGGGAGCACGUGUUUGGCACAGGUGGGCGCGCCGCAGCCCGAGCGGGCUCUGCUUGGCGUCGCCGCUCUCCUCUCCGCCCUCCGCCAGCCCGGCGCGGGCAUGGCACAGCCCUCGGCCGUCACGGCGCGUCGCACCAAGAAGCCGGGACGCAUCCGCUUUGCGCCAGAGCCCGGAGUAGAGCGGGCCGAGACUGCAGGAGGCGGCAGCGGCGGUGGCGAUGGCGAUGGCGGUGGCGAUGGUGGUUGCGGAGCAGGGGAAACCGCGGGGCGGAUUGAGACCGGCGCGACGGACGCCCCGGUAUCUGACGAUUCCACCGGUGCCAGCGAGGACACCGCGGCCCGUGACCCCGGCCCGGACCCUUCCGGGCCCCUGCCUGCGCUGUGCCGAAGCGCGGCGCGACUCGGCCUGUCCCGCGCACGGGAACUCGGCUCGCUGCCGCACCUCGACUUCCUCUCUGCCGUGCUGGCACUCUGUCCCACCGACGACACGUUCCGCUCACUGCUCGGAGAAGACGGCGGAGUGGCAGAGAUUCGCGCGAGCCGUCCGUCCGACGUGCGGCCCGAGGCGCGACCGAGUGUCGCUGAUGAGCGGCAACGCGCCGACGAGGUCCCGGGACCGUUGCCGGCGCUGCGGUUCCUGCGUGACGUGCUGCUGCCCUGGCUGGGCGAGUGCCGUGCCCCGGAGCGAGCCGCCCUGGUGGAGGUGCUGUUCAGCGUCCUGCGCGCCUGUCGCGAUCAGAGGCAGCGCGCUGAUAUUUUGGACGACGUGUGCAAGAUGAAUCUGGGGCCGUCCGUUCUGCUGCUGCUCAUUCAGAAGGCAUGUGCAGACACGGGACGCCUGCACCUGGCCCAGGCGUGGCUCAUGGGACCGGUGCUCACCGAGACACUGGUGGUCACGUGCCGGAGGCUGUGCCGGCCCGGACAGGGCAAGCAAGCGGCGAGCGGAGCAGCGGCAGCAGUGUCGUUGUCUGCGGAGCAAGCCGACAGCUGGGCCCUGCUGUCUCUCGCGCUCUCUUCACACGCCGAUGGAAAGCCGCUCCUGCCCGCCGAGUGCGUGCGCCGCGUGGUGUCGGCGAUGCGCGCGGCGCUCCCGCGCUGUGGCGUGGACGGCGCCCCGGCACGCGCCGAACCGUGCGUGUCGCUCGUGUGCGACGUCGCCUGCAGCUUCUUCGGCGCCAGGCAUGGCGGGGCGGCGCUCGCGGCCGCAGAGGACCUCAUCUCCGCCAUCUUCCGCCUCGCGUGCCAGAGCAGGGAGAAGGAUGCGUUCACAGAUGAGCUGAGAGAGAAGCUGAGCAGCACAUGGAAGGCCGGUCUCACGGCCCUGCUCACACAACAGGGAGGCUACAUGAAGGAAGGCGGCUUUCUCCACAGCACGGCAUUGUGGGUGAAGGAAAGGAUCAUGGGAAAACAAAUCAGCCCUGCAAGCCUGGACGUUCUGGGUGCCGCCGCCUGCUCGCUGGUUGACGUCGCGCUUGCGUCGGAGCUGCCCACCGCCCACCCGCUGCCUGCAGUGGUGCGCUGCCUGCUGCCCUCACCAGCCGAAUGGGACGUCCUGAGGGCCCCGCUGCUGCUGGGACGCACGCAGUGCCUGAUGGAGGCGACGCUGAUCGGCCGCCUGCCCUUGCCGGAGCAUGCGGUCCCGGAGGAGCCGGGACCCUGUAGCCCGACGCCCGGCGACGACUACGGCGGUGAGGAUGGCGACGCCGCCGCCGCUGCCGCGCCUGCGCACCUGUCGGCCGUCUCGCUGCUGUCACGGCUCGUGGGUCACCUGCAGAGGGCGGACGAGCGGAGCGGCCGCACGGACGGAGACGGGGGGACAGCGCCUGAGACCGGCGACUCCGAGGAGCGGGAGACCGACUCGCGCCUGCUGGACCCCGCGUGCUGCCUGGAGCUGGCGUGCGAGUGCAUGCUGGCGGACACGUGGUGCCGGUUGAGUCGCUCCGGCCCAGCCGGGCCGUCCCUGCCGCCCUGCGUCGGUGCCCUCUGCUGGGGGCUCGUGGGCGCGGCGCCCACGCCGUCCACGCCGUCCACGCCUGCCGCUGCCCCACCGCUCGCACUCAGCCAGCUGCUCGGGGAGCUCUUUAACAGAUCCGUGCAGCACGGGGGCCUGUGGGCCCUCGCCCUGUCCCACGCGCUGCCUGAAGCCUCCAGGCGAGGCCUCGACACGGACGUGAAGGCCCUCUACGGCUCCGUCGAGUGGUUCUCGGAGCCCACGGAGGCCAAGCUGCACACGGCGUGGGCAUUUGCUCCGUUUCUGCCGCGCUCAGACGCGCACGCGCUUGUGGACGUCGCCACCGCCCUGCUCAUGUCCUGCCCGCCGGACGCUCGCACCCGAGCUCAAGGGGGCCGUGGCUGCCUUUCCCUGCUGUCCGCGUGCCUCCUGUCGCAGUCUGAGCUCCCCACGGACGGCCUGCACAGGGCGCUGGACACGCUUUCUGCCUGGAGGGACGAGGAGAGCGACGAUGUCUUCCUGUUCGCACGGGACGUGUCGGGCGAGGACGGGGCGGCGGUGGCGUGCAACGUGGAGAUGAUGCGGUUUCUGCGUGGGCUCCUGUUUGCGCACUCGCCGCUCUCUCACCGCCACUGGGACUUCCUGCUGUGCUCCAUGCUCUCGUGGCUGCAGAGCACAGGCGAGAGCCUGGGGGACGCGCGACGAGCGUCGCUGCACGUGCUCGCUUUUGCGGCCGAGAACUGCCGCCUGCUGGCGUCGGUGGCCGACCUCCUGCAGGCGCCUCCACCUGGCGCUGCCGCAGCCUCCGCGCCGACGCCGCCGCCGCCGCCGGAGAACGUGGAUCCGGAGGAGGCGUCCGCUGCGGUGCCUCCGCACCUCUUCACCGAGUGGGCAGAGUUCUUCGCGGACGGAGCCUACAGCUUGCUGCUGCCCGCGUUUGUGUCCCUGUGCGCUGGCGCGGUGGGCGCGGCGGGCACCGGCCCCGGCAGGCCUUGCCUGGCUCUGCUGCAGGCCGCGGCGCAGGCCCUGGGCCCCAUCCCUGUGGAGCAGUUGCACGGACACCGACUGCCACCGCGCUUAGUGGCCGGGCAGCGGAGCCACCUGCCGGACGCGCUGCAGACGGCCCUCAACACGCUGGCGCCCCUGCUGGGCGUGCCCGCGAGGCCCGCCCAGCUCGCCGCCUUCCACAUGCUCGACAAGCUCAUGCCCGAGCUGCCGGCGUUUGACACCGGGAAAGCAAAGCCGGAAGACGAGGGGGAGACGGAGUCGUGCCUGUCUCCCCCGGCCGCCCUGUGGUCCGUGCUGGCAUCGCUGGAGGAGGAGCUGCUGGAGCUGCUGGCGCCGGUGCCGGUGGGCGAGCCGGUGCGCGUGGAGCCGCUGACGCCCGCGUACCACACCACGCUGGGCUACCUGCUCGCGUGGAAACUGCUGCUCAGCUUCUUCCAGGCCGCCUCGUCAGAGCUGCGCGUGCAGUACUCGGGCUUUAUCCGCGAGCAGGGCUCGCUGAGCCGCCUGCUCGAGGGACUGUUCAGGCUCAUGCCGGAGAGUCCGGCUCUCCCCUCGACCACCCCGUCUCUCUCCGGCGCCGGAAGCUGUGGGGGAGCCACGGACAAAGCCACGCGGAGCAUGUUCACGGAGCCUCCGCCACUGGCACUCACAGACGAUGGCGUCGCGGCGCUGCCCGCGGAGGUGCCGCACCUGGCUUGCUGCGUGUACGCCGAAGCGCUGCGCUGCCUGCCGGCCAUGGUGCGCCUCUGGUGGAACAACCAGGACAAGCGCGUGUCGGGCGUGGUGGAGCGCUUCACGAGCCGACACGCCAGCCCCGUGCUGUCGGCGCAGGAGAUAGCCGCCGUGCAGGCCACCGGCCGGCGCAUCCACGACAUGACGGUUCGUGCCCGGCCCGCGGCCCGUGAGGUGGUGGCCACGUACAACGUGGAGGAGGUGUACAUGGAGCUGGUGGUGACGCUGCCGCCGAACCACCCGCUGGGGCCGGUGGCCGUGGAGUGCGGGAAACGCGUGGGGGUCGCCAGCCAGCAGUGGUGGAACUGGAUGCUGCAGCUGAGCACCUUCCUCACUCACCAGAACGGAAGCAUCAUGGACGGGCUGGCGCUGUGGAAGUCCAACGUGGACAAGCGCUUCGAGGGCGUGGAGGAGUGCACCAUCUGCUACUCCGUCAUCCACGGCUCCAACUACUCCCUGCCGCGCAAGGCCUGCCGCACGUGCCGCAAGAAGUUCCACGCGGCGUGCCUGUACAAGUGGUUCACGUCCAGCAAUAAGUCCACAUGCCCCUUGUGCCGGGAGACCUUCUUCUAACUCCAGGUGGAUCUCAACCAAAACCGCCCCCACCCCACGGGAAAUCUCAUUCACUUCGUCGACUGCACGGUGACCUCAUCCCGCAUUGAGCUGCAACCGCUGAUUUCCACCCCAAGGAGACUUUACAAUACAUGAGCCGCGCAACAUGACACCGCAUUUACUAUAUUCAUGAGUUUGCACUUUCGAGUCUGAAUCCCUGUGACUUGGUGUGAGAGAUGGCUACUUCGGCAUUGUGAUUCGUUAACCUGGGCACUGCUGGGAUGUCUUUAAAAAAAAAAAUAUUUUGAACGUGUUGACUUCAUCCCAGUGGAGCUACAGCCGUGUACACAAACGUUUAAUGGAAUUACAAACAGGUCUGCAUUAUCGUCAAACCACACGCAGUCCGGUAGAGCCAGUUUGUAUACAGGUGUCAUUCAAUAAUGCGGAGCCUUCUUGUAAACAACACGUGUGGUAAUUGGUAAAUAAAAGUUAUAAUUAUAAUUAAAGAACAACAGUUGCA